AUGCGCGCCCCCGCGGUGCUCAUCGCCCUGCUAGGGUUUCUGCCCCAGGUGCUGACGUCUGGAUCCUUCGAACUUAGGAUAAAAAGUUUUACGAACUCAUUGGGUAGGUUAAGUAGUGGGCAGUGCUGUGAUGGUUCCUCAAAUAGUGACGCGCCGUGUUUGGCGCCGUGCAGGACUAAAUUUCGAGUGUGCCUCAAGAUUUAUCAAGCUAAUAUCGACACAACGUCACCGUGUACUUUCGGUGACAUCACGACACCAGUGUUGGGUGGCAACUCACUGGAUGUACCCAACCUCCACGUGGAAGGAUUUAGCAAUCCUAUUGUGUUCCCGUUCGACUUCACAUGGCCGGGCACAUUCUCGCUUAUAGUGGAAGCGUGGCACGACACCAACGAAACGUCAAGAUCUGAUGAUACCUUAAUCGCGCGCAUGACGAAGCAAAGUAUAGCGGAUGUUGGAGGUCCAUGGAUCGAGGAAGAACAGCGAUGGGGAGGUCCGGGGGCUGCUCAUUUGAGGCUCUCAUACCGAGUGACAUGUGCGGCUCAUUACUACGGAUCAGGUUGCGAAGUACUUUGCAGGCCAAGGGAUGACGCAUUCGGACAUUAUACGUGUUCAUCGUCGGGAGAAAUCGUCUGCAAGGCCGGCUGGACGGGCGACUAUUGCUCAAAACCGCGUUGCUUGCCCGGUUGCGACGCAGAGCACGGCCACUGCCUCAAGCCCGACGAAUGCAUUUGUCAUUCGGGUUGGGUGGGCGAGCUGUGUGACCAGUGCGAGCGACAUCCGGGCUGCGUACACGGCACCUGCUCGCGGCCCUGGGAUUGCAUAUGUGAAGAGGGUUGGGGAGGGUUGUUCUGCAACCAAGACCUCAACUACUGCACCAACCACCGACCGUGUCGGAAUGGCGGCACGUGUCAUAACACAGGGCAGGGGAGCUACACUUGCAUGUGUCCGGCCGAGUAUACUGGCCCGGAUUGCGAGAAAUCUCUGCACUCCUGUGACGUACGACCUUGCCGCAAUGGAGGCGCAUGCGUGCCAGACGAAAGCGGAGAACUCUCGUGUGCGUGUCCACAGGGAUACGAAGGAGCGCGAUGCGAGACGCGACGGUUGACUUGCUUUGACCAACCCUGCCGAAACGGUGGAAUCUGCGAGCCUCGCCCCACUGGCUACAUCUGCGUGUGCCCUGUAGGGUACGCAGGUACUGACUGUGCACUCGAAGCGGAUCCCUGCGCCGCCAACCCGUGCAGAAACGGCGCUACUUGUAUGCGAGCCGGAGAUGGAUUUAAGUGCACUUGUAAAGCUGGAUUCAGAGGCAACCGAUGCGAAAUUGAUAUCGACGAUUGUGCGGGAAUCACUUGCGAACAUGGAGGAACCUGUGUGGAUCUGGUAAAUGGUCAACGAUGUCACUGCGCACCCGGUGUCGGCCCGGCUUUACCGGCAAAGAUUGCAGCAUCGACAUUGACGAGUGUGCCUCGUCCCCGUGCCGGAACGGCGGAACGUGUCGGGACAGAGUCGACGGCUACCACUGCUCGUGUCCCCCCGGCUGGGGCGGCAAGUCGUGCACGGUCUCCCUGGCCGAGCUGGCGGCAAAGCAAGCCGGGGGGGCACCUACGGAGAGUAGGGGACGAGGUCACGGAAGAGGAGAGUCUGUCUGGGCAGCAGGUGGCGUGGAUUGCGAGCGUGACGGCGGUAGUGCCACUGGUGGCAUUGGCGGCCACGCUCGCCAUCGUGUGCGUUCGACGCCGCCGGAAGCGCCAGGCGCUCGCGGCCGACGCCGAAGCGCGCGCUCAGAACGCGGCCAACGCGGGCGGCGGCCACGUCAUCCGCAACACGUGGGGCAAGUGUGACGCUCCUGUCGCGGAAUGCCAGAACGCGCACAACGCGGCCGCCGAGGAGUGCAAGCGCAAGACGCUCAACACUGAAAGCGCGAGGUUACUUGCCGCGCUUGACCCGCGACUUUCGAGGCUAUCCGCAGAUUCCGCCUACUGCGCUAAUAGCGAUACGUCGCUAGUGAAGCGAGCGCUAGAAGGCGGAGGGGUGUACGUACUAGACGACCAUUGCCUGCCGCCGACGUACGCCACACAAGUGUAG